CGAUUAACACAUUAUUAAUGUCAGCAAGGUAAGAUCGCUGCUGCGGGGGACUCGGAUCACUGGAAACGGACCAUGGCGGCUGCCACGAGCAGCAACACAUCCACAGCCACGCUACAGAUCAAGCACUCCAGUAUCGAGCAUACGCGGAAACGCAUGGACCCGAGGAGGAGGCAAGCGGCGUUGUCUUUUCUCAGCAACAUUUCUCUGGAUGGGCGACCCGUGCAAGACGAUGCAGACAAUCAAAACGAAGAGGAUGAGUCGCUUGAAGCUAGGACUAGACAGAGCCUGGUUUCUCCGGAGCGCUCGGUGUACGGUGCCGCUGGCGCCGCCGGAGCUGCAGCAGCUGCUGCGGCGGCGGCUGCGGCCACCACGGCGGCCCAGGCGCUCGCUUUUGCAAACCAGGCUCUUCUCGCCAGCAGUCGGGGCAGUUGCGGGACGGGUCCCGCUGCUGCCCCGGCGGGUACAGACACGGGGGGCGACGCUUUCCUGCCCUCCACGUUCAGCUCGCCGUUCUCCGCGGUGCCGGCAUCGACUAGAGGGAGGCUGCAGACCUACACUCAGGGAAUCCUACCUGCCCCUUACUCCAGGCAAACCUCCCAGAACUACAGCCUGGAGGGCGGACAGAUAGCCAACUCUGCGAUAGAGCUGCAGAGAUCAAGACGAAGACUCAUCUCUCAGCGCUCUUCGCUUGAAACGCUUGAGGACAUUGAAGAGAAUGCUCCUCUUCGCAGAUGCCGAACCCUAUCGGGUUCACCCCGACCAAAGAGCUUCAAGAAGAUCCACUUCAUAAAGAACAUGAGGCAACAUGAUAUGCGCAAUGGAAGGAUAGUCCUUAUCAGUGGCAGAAGAUCCUUCUAUAGUGUAUUUUCUGUCCUGCCCUAUCGAGAUUGUAGCCAAGCAGGGGAUGUCAAGCUGGAAGGAGGAGGGCGUCAGCGGCACCCGUCAGGAGGAGUCAGUGCCAAGGAGAUGGUGAUCGGGCUGGAGGGGGUGGAGCUAGGAGCGGAUGGAAAGACUGUGUCCUACACCCAGUUCCUGUAUCCCACUAACGUGCUGGGUGGUCGGAGGAACACCAUCGACUCCACCUCGUCCUUCUCUCAGUCCCGUAACGCCAGCCAUAGAAGCCUCAGUUUGGGCCGAGCCAACAGCAACCAGAGCAGCUUAGACACAGGGAAUGAUCUGGGGGACUUCCGCGAGUACGACCCCAAUCUGCUGGACGACCCGCAGUGGCCUUGUGGAAAACACAAGCGAGUGCUCAUCUUCCCCUCCUACAUGACUACGGUCAUUGAAUACGUGAAACCCUCUGACCUCAAAAAGGACAUGAACGAAACCUUCAAGGAGAAAUUCCCCCACAUAAGGCUGACACUCAGCAAGAUUAGGAGCUUGAAAAGGGAGAUAAAAAAGCUGGCCCAGGAUGAAUGUGGUUACGAGGAGCCGACGGUGGCCAUGGCGUUCGUCUACUUUGAGAAACUCGUGCUUCAAGGCAAACUAAACAAGCAGAAUCGGAAACUCUGCGCCGGAGCGUGUGUCCUUCUGGCGGCCAAGAUCGGCGGCGAUCUGAAGAAACAUGAGGUCAAGCUCCUGAUAGAUAAACUGGAAGAGAGGUUCAGAGUGAAUCGCAGAGAGCUGAUAGCCUUCGAGUUCCCGGUCCUGGUGGCGUUAGAGUUCAACCUGCACCUGCCAGAGCACGAGAUCAUGCCGCACUACAGACGCCUGCUGCAGACCUCCUAGCAUUAGGACCCAUCAGGAGGACGACCACCAGGUUCUCCCCCUGAUCCUCCCACGCGAUCCAUCCUCCCACAUUACUCCUCAUCCCCGUCUGACAGUUUUAAGGUACCGUCGGCUGCAGCACUCUACUUCCUCUCAGAAACCUGGAAUCAGCCAAAGGGACACACAUUUCUACAACUUUCCUGCAUCGUUUGAUAUCAUCAUCACUACACAGACUUGUGAAGUUCAACCGUCUGCAAACAAGCUGUUUUUCUAGUUUGCACGUUUUGACGUCUUCAUCUUCACUUUGUAUAUUUUAGAGCUCACUUGUUGAUUAAGAGAGCUGUUUUUUUUUGUUUGAUUCUGAUUUUAACUGAUUCUCAGUUAAAACAUCCAAUGAUUGUAACAUAUUUUUUUUUAAUCAUCUCUUUUCAUUAAUCUUCCCUCUUGUGAACUUUGGUAAGAUUGAUUGCCUCCUGGCCUGCAGAAAAAUUGAAACAAAAGCCAUUUAAGUGGCUCGUUUUGGCUGGACUUCCUCAGAGUGACUCAUCAUUUCGCAAGUCAUCGUCUUUAAAAGUGCACUUUUUGAAUAUUGCAAAGAAAGGGGGGGGAGGGGGACAUUUUUUCCCAGAGUUUUAAAGAGCUUGGGAACUAACCCUGAAAAAUAAGCUGUGUUCAUAAGCACCACACAUGAGUCAUUUAAAUGGACCUGUUGAAUUGUUUUUCUCUCCACAGUUUUUUAUUCACAACUCUCCGCAUGACGAGUAACGAUUGUUUGCAUACAGGUACUUGAAGACGAGAUGGGACUUCCUAUUUUCACUGAAGUAUUCCAUUCAUUUUCUACCAGUCAAAUGCUUGCUAUGGACUUACACAGACCGGGCCCACUUUUAUCAGUGUCGAAUUUCCUGUGCUCUAUGUUAGAGUGUAUUGCUAGCACAUUUACGGUGCUAUAACGGGGUCAGGACGGUCGCUUUGAAGAGGUGCAAAAAUGCCAUUAAACAGUGAUCAGGAUGAGCAGCAGGGUGCUUGAGGACGUGGGCUGAAACCCUGUGCCAGUAAUUAUUUUCCCUGCUGAAGUGUCCUUGAACCCCUCAGGCUUCAGGGACACGCUGAGCAGACCUGUCUGAGGAGGAGAAAAAUCUAAACAAGAUCCCAGCAGGGAUCAGAGACAUCUGCAUAUAACUUGAAUCAUCAUUGAAAAAAACCUGGAAAUGAACAACUAAUGUGACCAAUUUAAAAAAGUAUUCUUCCAUUGAUUUGGCAUGUAUCUCAACUUGAUUUUCUCUUUUAUUACCUUGAAAUUGAGUAUUGAAGGGGGAAAAGAAAGGUAUUUAAUGCUGUUCCAAGUAUUGAUGGUGUUUAAGUUGAAUUAUCACAACAUUAAACCAGAUUGUAAUGAGGAAAUCAUUGAUUAUGCUGAUUUAAGGUGAAAAAAUAAAUAAAUACGGAGCUUAUUUCUGUUUGCAAGCCCAAAGAUUUCGCUAGGAGAUGCACACUAAAGACUCAUGGGCGACACUUAUUACCUGUGUAUGUUUGUAAAUAAAUUGCUUUGCUUGUUCAA